CACAGGUCUGCGUGUAAGGCGAAUGACUUUUAAAAAACGCGUGGAAGAGGGAGAAAAGGGAAGAAGAGAGAAAGAGAAAGAAGCGGAAACUCCCGCGGACGGAACGGAGGAGUCAACGUUCGGGUAACGUCGCGGUAACGUCGUCGUCGGGUUCGUCGGCGUGGAGGAUGACGAUGACGGUGUCGCGGGUGCACGAACCCGCUGUGAACAGAAUCAGCGAAAUCGACGACGUGCGCGAUUGAUCGAUGCCGUGGCCGCGAUGCGCGCCGAGGACGUGCCGCCAGCCACUGCCGUGCGACAUGCGAGAGCCGCGACCGCCGAGACGUCGUUAAUCAAACCGUCGAUUGACCGAGCGAAUAGGAGAGCGUGCGUAUUCCGGGGAACGGGACUGAACGGGGCUGAACGGGGCAGCGCGCACCUUCUCUCGAGCCACGAGCAAGCGUGAGCGAGCGCGAAGGGCGGAUAGAGAAGAUAGAGUGGAAUACACUAUACAGUGAGUGAGAGAGAGGGGCAGGAGGAGGGAGAAGGACCGAGUAAAAGCGAAUUGAAUUCCUACGCUCGACGGUAACGUACGGUGCCGGAAUUGCAGCCCAACUAUAUACGAUAGUCUGUUUCUCUUCGCAACGGCAGAUCGUGGGUAUUUGAGAGAGAUGGACUGAAGGCGGGGAGCAACGACAAGGAAGGCACGAAAGAGAGAAAGAGUCAGAGGGAACAAUUGGGAGGGUUAGAUGAGGGAGGGAGUACGUUUCGAUAGUGAGUUUAAGAGCAGCGACGACGAGGAAUCCGGAGUAGGAUACCACUGGGUACGACCGAGGGACCUGGAGAGAUCGAACGAUUGGGUGCAGGCGUGCACGGAGGGAUCGCUCCACGAUGGACGAGUGCAUGUUGAACGACUUGUUGGAGUGCUCGGUAUGCCUGGAACGACUCGACACGUCUAGCAAAGUACUACCGUGUCAGCACACGUUUUGCAAAAAGUGCCUGGAGGAGAUCGUCAGUACCCAUCGCGAGCUACGUUGCCCAGAAUGCCGUGUCCUCGUGGACGCCAAGGUGGACGACCUGCCACCGAAUGUGUUGCUAAUGCGUAUCCUCGAAGGGAUGCGCAACGCCGCACCGAAGAAUCAGGCCAAGUCCGCGCUACCGUUGUCGAGGUCCUCGGGUGGCACUGCCGCGCCUCAACGGCUAUUUGGCGGUCACCAGGUUGCUCCGGCCCCUAUUGUCACCGGCAAUCUCGCGCCUGCCAUUGCCUCCGAGCCGGCAGUAAGACAUUCCAAUGCUGCUGCCAAACAGGUGCAUCUACAUAAUCAGGCGUACGGAAGAGCGAUCUAUGAUUAUGUCUCCAAAGUACCAGGCGAUUUAAGUUUCAAGAAGGGUGACAUAGUCAUUCUUCGGAAGAAGAUUGACAACAAUUGGUAUUUCGGGGAAUGUGGCAAUAAUCAUGGUGUCUUUCCUUUGUCUUACGUUCAGGUGAUGACGCCUUUGACACCGCAUGUACCUCAAUGUAAAGCGCUAUAUGAUUUUAGGAUGACACAUGACGAUGAGGAUGGUUGUUUAACUUUUAAUAAGGGAGAAGUUAUCAGCGUUAUCCGAAGAGUAGACGAAAAUUGGGCAGAAGGUAAACUUUUGGACAGAAUUGGUAUCUUUCCGCUGGCUUUUGUCGAACUAAAUAGCGUUGCUAGAGCUUUAAUGAAACUCUCGACCAAUGUACAGCCGGGACCGUCAAGGGUAGCCCCGCCAACUCCGACGAACGAAGAAACCACGCCAUUAAUACCAACCGAUCAUUCGCGUAACGUGCAAACAACGAGUCAAUCUCGACCACAAUUGGUGCAGGUAUCUGAUUCUGUCUCAAACGUAUCGUCUGGCGGCAGCUCCACAACCACUACUCCAAACACCCCUAACAGUUCGACCACAUCCAGCAGUUCCAGUACUGCCCCGAGUAGUCCUGGCAGUCCUGCAACGUCGCCGCCGGCAGUCGGCAACAGGCAUAACGUUAAACGUCAUAGUUUCACUGCCGUCAAUACAGGUCACCAUGCACAUCCCCAUCAUAGACAUAGCGCUGAAAUACUUAGUCCUCCGAUAGACAGUGCCCCUAAUAACGCCAAUAAUAGUGGAGGCAAUGAGUCAUUUUCCUCCUUACAAACGAGCGGUAGUUGUACGGAUCAUAAUCUUCGUCACAGACGAAGUGGCAGCAGCGAUCUUGUUCUUGCUCAGGCGUCACAAAGUAUAUCUGCUGGGCAGACUACUACUAGCGCAUCCGCUGCGACGCAUCUGCCAGCGGCAUACGUAGCAUUGUAUCCAUACAAGCCCCAAAAAGCGGAUGAGCUUGAAUUACGAAAGGGUGGGAUUUACAUGGUAACAGAACGCUGUCAAGACGGAUGGUUCAAAGGAACGUCCAAUCGUACCCAGAAGUGCGGAGUUUUUCCUGGAAAUUAUGUUGCACCUGCCAAAUGUCAACGCGGGCUGUGCCGCGGAUCUCCAAACUCACCGAGUCAACAUCAAGGUUCGCCAUUAUCAAACGCCCCAUCAAAUACUGAGUCGCGUUUGGCGGUGACAUACACAAAGAGCAAGGGUCCCGCGCCACAACCAUACAAUCCUCGUACACUGCCGCCGCCUGAAUUACCGCCGCGUGCCAUCAGUCCAUCCACGACGACAACCGUGUCUUCGUCCUGGCACGGCGCCGCUCAGUCUAAUCAGGGACCGAAUCAAGAAACUAGUCCGCCCCGACACAACGAUCAAAAUGCCGCUGCUCCACUUGGACGCAGUCAUAGCGCGGUGAUGACGGCAAAUAUUCCUUCCCCCGGUAAACAAAUCACCGUAUCGUCAUCGUUACAACCGGCAGCUGGCAUCAAUAACGCUAACAAUGGCUGCAGUAGCAUUACCAUCUCCGCUUCUUCCUCUUCCACAGGCGAUAUGAACAGAAGCCCGAACAAUACUCUGCGUGUAGCGAGCGGUAUCGCAUCGUCGAAUGCAGCCGCGAAUGCAGCGUCCAGAACCACGGAAAAGACGAAAGAAAAGAAGGAUAAAUGCGUUUCAUUGAUGCGCCGCUUGACUAAUAUUAAGAAAUCUAAAUCGCCUCCACCUGCUACGUACUCAAUGGAUAAUCCUGUAUUCGACGAUGGUAACUCCGUCAAUCCGAUGCACGUUCGAUCGGGGUCUUGUCCAAGUCAGUUGCUACAAGUGGUACCCACACAGGAAUUAAAUGCUUCGAACAGCCCACACCGCUUAUGUCCGGGCUCUGUUCAAGGGCACGUCACAUCCUCACAGAGACUGAAAUACAAGGAGAGACCCUCCUUACCAGUGUCAGUAACGCAGAGAUCCAAUGAAUCUAGUGCAAUGGUGCAAUGCGCGACCGUUGGAAAUCAUCAUCGCAAGAGUAAUUCGCUAGACGCUGGAAUGGGAAAGCAAAUGAAGCAGCAAUCGUCUCGCGACCGCGCGGGAUACAGAUUCCGUUGUAUCGUACCGUAUCCACCUAAUAGCGAGUUCGAGCUGGAGCUUCGUGUAGGGGACAUAAUAUAUGUGCAGAAGAAGCGCGACGACGGAUGGUACAAAGGUAUGCAGCAGCGUACCGGUCGCACGGGACUAUUUCCGGCUAGUUUUGUGGAAGCUUUCUGAGACCCGACACAAAGUCGUUUAGUGUUAGAAACUUGUAUAUAACUUGGCCUUUUGUGUAAGUAUUUACACAACAUAUUCAGAUUAGGAUUAUCUCCACUAGCGGUACGUAUCCGCGGAUAUUUGUCGUUAAUUCUCUCUGGGAUAUCAUCGACUGCAAAGCGAUUGGUGCAUGUACGCGCAUACUGUAUCUCGAGCUGUGCAAUGUAAUAUACGUACAGCUAUUGUGUAAACUUAAUGGGCCAUUAAUUAACGUGUUGUAGUAAACGCGCCGUGUAAGUGACCGACGACGCGUCGAGUUAAUAAUGAAUGCAUUCGCGCGAUGGAUGCAAUAGGAAAUUUUAGCGCAAAAUAAUUAUGCAUAUUUUGCAUGUAAAUAGGUGCGAGAAAUGACGAAGGGUAGUACGAACACGACGCGAAAACUACUCGGAACUUAUACUGCCAUCGAUUAUGUAGGCGUGCGUAAUUGUAAUAAGAAUAACGAAUUCAUUUUGCGCGACGUUACUGCCAUUUGCGAUCGUAAGGGAAAAAUCGGUUUCCCAUUUUGAGCUGAUUUCGAACUUGCUGUCUUUUUUCGAUACACGCACGAUGUGUUAAAGAGAUUAUAGAUUGUGUAAAUAUUCAUGCUUAUACGCGUACGAAGCCGUUCAUGACACAUAAUUAAAAGUAGAAUUAUAGAAUGAAUAAAAAAAAGAAAGGAACUGUAUAUAGGGAAGAGAAUUUCUUAAAAAAAAAAUCUAAAUAUCUCGGGGAGGGAGAGACAACUUAUACAUAGACUAAUAUAAGCCUAUAAAUGCAGAUAUGUUUAUAUAUGCGAUAAUACGCUUAAAAUCUAUCAGCAGUGUUGAACAUUGCAGUUGUAGGUCGGUUGAAAAGUUUUAAUCCUCAACAUGAAGAUGACAUUACUUGUUAAAACUAUUCUGAUACUACAAUCGUACAUACAUGCUUUGAAAGAUACCUGUGAAAAUUGUAACUAUUUUGAACGCUCAGUCAUUUAACAGUCAUUUGUGCUAAUCGAUGUCAGUAUCUUUGCAAAAAAAUCUUGGAAAAAAAUCGAAUAUCGUGCCGUGAUUAGAUUCUUGCAUUGCAAAAACAAUACUAUAUUCUUGCAUUGCAAAAACAAUACGCUUGCGCAAGUUAAAGCUGAGUUGGACGCUGUUUAUUCUGCUCCAUUAUUUGCCAUCGCGAAAAGAUGGGCCGCUGAAUUUAAACGUGGUCGACCAGCUGAUGAACGGACGAUUCGGGACGUUCAAACUGCGACCAUCACCGAUAACAUCGAAAAAGUUCAUCAAAUGGUACUGGAUGACCAUCGAGACAAGAUUAGAGAAAUAGCAGAAGCUAUAGGUAUAUCGAAAGAA